AUGGAGGAGUUGACCAAGGAGAACGCCUUCUUGAAGGAGCUCAAGGAUGACUGGGAAGACAAGCUCGAGAGCGUGUUGAACCUGAACAUCCCAUCGUCCCGUUUUGUGGGAAAAGUACGAGUUUUCGACACCAGUGGCAAGCCCGUUGGUGGUUCGUUUGGUUCCCUGUUCAAGGCGGAGCUGGCGGGCCAGCCGGUUGCUCUCAAGCAAAUGCCCGUCCAGAAUCGCCCUCGUCUCUCCGAGAUCAUUGCAUGCGUUGCUGGGUCUGAGGACGUUCCAGACCACUUGAAGCAGCUGCGACGCGAGGCGCUCAUCCUGCUCUCCCUUCGUCAUCCCAACAUUGUGCACUUCCUUGGCCUCACCCACGAUGAGCAGAGCCAGACGCUGGCCUUUGUGCUGAGCUGGGCCGAGAAUGGCUCUCUCUAUGAUGUCUUGCACGUGAAGAAGCAGCCGCUUGACGAGCCAACUUGUCUUCGUGUUGUAUUUGAGGUGGCCUGUGCCAUGGCGUUCCUGCACGCCCACAACGUCGUGCACCGUGACCUCAAGUCGCCCAACGUGCUGCUGGACGCAUCGCUCUCCGCCAAGGUGACGGACUUUGGCCUGAGCGCCUUCAAGUCGGCAGACAAGUCCGUGGUGUCGAAGGUCGACGGAACAUCUCUGUGGGCAUCCCCAGAGCAGCUAUUCAAAAUGCAAGAGCUCCGUAUGGACACGGACGUGUUCUCCUUCGCCGUUCUCCUGUGGGAGCUGUUCCUCAACAUCAAGCCAUGGCAUCACGGCAAAUACGCUGCACUGGGUGGCGCGUCAUCCAUUGUCAUUUCUAAGGCGUAUGAGGAGGGCCGGUAUCUCCCGCUUGACGUUGAGAUCAACGGUCGCAGGCUGAGCAAUGCGGUGCAGCAAGUGCUUGGUCAGUGCUUUGAUGUGAGCGGCAACCGGCCUUCGUUUGUUCAGCUGCAAGGCACGCUGGGUGGGCAGUACACAGCGGCCAAAGAACAGCACGAAGUCGACAUGGCGAAGCAACACAGGCUGCUGCACGGUCCUGCUGAUGCCGUGUGGAAGUGGCAGCAAAGUGUUCUUGUACCACUGCAGUCCUUCACGGUGACUCAUCCAACACGCGCGUCUGUGCACAUUGCUGCUGUUGGCGCCGCACACGACACGGCCACCGCCAUCGUCAAACAGAUGAUCACGGAAGCUGGUGGGCGCUCAAGCGAUGAGGCGACAGCAGCGCCCUUUGGCAAGACCGUUGCUGGUGUUGCUGUUGUGCAGUGCAGCCAGAAGAACGUUGCCUUCAACGGCUCCUUGCACCGCAACCAGACCCGUUAUCUUGGUCACAUGAGCUGCGCCAACCACCCGUUCCACCCCAAGUACCAGAUCGAUCCGGCAACAGGUGCUCCCACCAACGCCGAGGAAGCAGCCGUCCUUGCUCGCGUCACUCUCCACCCUGCUGGCGCUUCACCGUACAAGGUGCUGGAUCAGACCAUGAUGCAGCCCGAUGUGCGUCUUCGCCUGCAGCGCGUGUUCCACGGCGUGCCGUCCUUUGCCGUGGCCAUGAGCAUCCUGGGCGGCGAUUUCGCACAGCUGCAGAAGACUGACAACGGCUGGUACGGUGCUGGCUUCUACUUCACGCCAGACCUCGACUAUGCUCUCGAGUACAGCGACGCGUGCCGUGACGUGCCGGCUGAACUGAAGAAGAUGAAAUUGCCUGCAGGCAAGCAGUUCCGGGUCGUGCUUGUGUGUGACGUGCAGUAUGGCAACCCAUACCCGGUCCGCGACGCUGCCACCUUCAACGGCAAGCCACUCGUUGGCGGGCACGACGCCCAUGUCGCCGUGGUUGAUUUCAGCUCCGGCAGCGUCGUGGAUGCCAUGCCCAUCAAGUCGUCCCAGUGGGCCAGCAAGCGCACCGCCGCCGAGGUUGUGAUCAACGACCCAUCAUGCGUCCUCGUGCGCGGCAUCCUCGUGUUUGAGGCCUGAACGCAGCCGUAGGGGAGUAUCACCCACACCCCAGCAGCACCUUCGUUGGUGUGUUUCAUCCUGCAACUUCCU